UUCAAAGAAAAUUUUAUUUUGUCGUCUUCCAGGGCACCACUUCUUUUUGUCCUCUUUCUUGGGUCUACUACCUUAUCCAGAGGACUGAUAAUGAUAUGGAGCAUCAAUGGAGAAGAAUCUGAGUAACCUGAGAAAGUGCUGGAGAGAGGGAUGGUGUAUAAGAAAGAGGAGCACACAGGAGGAACUGUAAGGAGGGGCUUGCAGGAAAGCAGCAUGGAUGAAAGGAGGGGUGCACCGAAAAGAGUUGAAGAAAAAGCUGGAGAACAUUGUGAGAUCUGCCAAAAUGAAUUCUGCCAACAAGAAAUUCCAUUAUGUACUUCUAAUCAACAACUGAGGCAACCACACCUUGUAAAUGUCUGUUCUUUAUAGAUGGUUGGAUGAAAGGAGCGUCUUGAAUUGGGAGGGGGAAAAACUGCUGGGUGCCCAGGAAGUUCUGAGGAGCAAAUCUUUAUUUGAACAGUCCUGCCUGCAUCUGGGAUUCUACUGCAAAACUUUCAGUGGAUGUUUCUGAUUAUCCAGCAUAAAGGAUGGCAUCCAUGCCAAAAAUCCAGAUAGAAGAAAUGCUGGAUAGUGUGGAUGAUAAGGCUGAAGGUGGUCCUCCAUUUGAUGAUCAUCUGCGGAAUCUGAAAGCCUUGACAGAGAAACUGAGGCUGGAGACAAGGAGGCCUUCGUAUUUGGAGUGGAAAGCUCAGCUGGAAGGACUGGCUUGGAAGAGCUACCCCAAACUUCCUGAGGAGGACAUGGGGAGGCAAGAGAAAAAACCAACAGAGGAAAAUGUUUCUUUGAGAGAAGUGCAGGUUCAUAUCAAUGGAAGCUCUUCCAGACAGCCAAUUUUGCUUGUCCCGGAGAAAGUGUGUGGCUUUGGAAACAUUGAUGAAGCAUUAAAUUGGCUCAGGAAAGAGUUGAUGGAAAUGCGUCUCCAGGAUCAGCAACUGGCUCGACAGCUCAUGCGCCUGCGCAGUGAUAUCAACAAACUCAAGAUCGAGCAGACCUGCCACCUCCACCGGCGGAUGCUGAAUGAUGCCACCUAUGAGCUGGAAGAGAGAGACGAGCUCUCUGAUCUCCUCUGCGAUUGCCCCCUCACGUCCUCCUUCAGCCUCUCCACCCCACUCAAGCUCAUUGGUGUGACAAAAAUGAACAUCAAUUCCCGUCGCUUCUCACUUUGUUAAAAUGGGAGGAACGGGCACAGGAAGUACAUGGGAUGGGAGAUAUCUUCAAAACCUAGGAGAAGAAGCUCCCAUUGUCUGGAUGGGAGAUAGGCACAACAAGGAAGAAGAGAGAGUAAAGGGGCUCUUCCUUUGAUCUAAUAGGAGUGGGCUGUGGUGCCAGUCAAGAUAGUGUCUAGAAGAAUUUGCAGACAGGUGUAGAAUAAGAACAAUGAGGCUUCCCAGGACAGGAACUAGACCACAUCAAAAUCUAACUCAUACAGGCAGAAGCAUCCCCUCUAUUCAGUGAUUAGAACAAACUUAUCCCAAAUCAUGUGUUGACCUGGAGGCUCCCUAACUGAGAACAGUACAGGAGAAAUAUAGCUGAAAACCAUUAGUGAAGCCUUUGGGGCCCAUUCAAAUUGAAUAAUAAGAGAGAUGAAGAAUUCAUGUUGCUACAAGGAAGAAAGACCACUCCAUGGUGGAGGGGAGUUAGCCAGAAAGUAUUAUGUAUUAUCUAUAAAAGCAUUUCAGUUUAGUUUCUAUCAGUGUGAUGCAGGUAAUAUGUAGAUACAUAUUAUGGAGAUUCUCAGCCAUCCAGGUCAUUGUUGUCCCAAAGGUGCUGUUCGAAAGGCAACUGGACUUUCUUGUUUUUUUCCUUGAAAAUGUUUUGCUUCUCAUCCAAGAAGUGUCUUCAGAACUCCAGAACUGAAGAAGCUUCUUGGAUGAGAAGCAAUACAUUUUUAAGGAGAAAAAAACCCAAGAAAGUCCAGUUGCCUUUUGUAGAUACAGUUGUUGGUUUGCUUCUAUGACCAACUAAGAUCUUCUUGUUAUGAGCUAUGGUUUCUAGAUUGUGCUAAUCUGGCACAAUUCUGUACUGCAGUUUAGGGGGCUGGUGUCCCAUGAUACUGUUUCUCAGACCACCUUCAGAUUUCAGGAAUUGGCAAUGGGAUUUUUCUGGUGUUCAGUCUAGACUGGCUAUUGCAAGAUCUGAUCAGCUGUUUCUCUGUUGUUGGUGUUUUUGCUCUUCUCAAAUCUUAUGGUCUAAUCAGUUAGGUAAAAAUUAGGCAUUAGUAGACAUCACCCUCCUAGAAUCUGAUGAAGCCAAGCUACUGACUUUUAAGCAUGUCAGUUAAAAAUAUCUAUAAAUACAAGUUUAAGUGUAUACAUAAGGAUAUUCCAGAAAGAGUGAGAUCAGAGUAAGCAAAAAUGAAAUAUAUUUUGCACAGUUUAUUUCCAUGACUUAGUACAUUUCCUCAGGAUAUGAGGUGAAAAACAAUAGUUCUCCUACCUUGAGAAAUGGAACCAUCUUUUCCAGGAUUCAGACAUAAGUCUGCAGGUAUUAGGACAAAUGGGAGGAAUCACAUUUGAGCCCUCUUUGUCUGCUUCUGAGAAGUAGCUGAUGGGCCACUGUGGGAAGCCAAAAGUAGACUGCAUAGCAUUUUGAUCUGAUGUAGCAGUUAUUUCAUCUUAUAAAUGCAUAUCCUGCCCUUCUCUACUAGUUGUACCAAACAGGCUAAGUUGCUUCAGUUUUUCAGUCAUUUUUGAUUCUUUGUGAUCUGAAGGACAUAAUACUGCCAGGACUAACUGAAAUGGUAAAAAUAAAAGGACAGCAAGAAUAAAACUACAGAAUAAAAUGUCAGUUAAAGUAACAGGAAAAAAGACAUAGUUGGAAGAGGAUUUUCAAAGCCAGAAGGAAUGCAAAAGUUCUUCAGCUACCACCAAAAAUGUAUAAGAUAACAAUAAUUUAUACAAGAUGGUUGUGCAUCGCUCUCCAGACUGGUGCUCUUUAUAUGUGUUGAAUGUAUCUCCCAUUAUUACAGUUAACAUGGCCAAAUUAGAGAGCUCCAAGUUUGAUUUUCUUUGUUCAUGAAACAUAAAGAAAAACUGUGGUGGCACAGUGGUUACAAUGUAGUACUGCAGGCUAAUUUUGCUGAAUGCCAACAGUUCGAUUUCCACUGGCUUAAGGUUGACUCAGCCUUCCAUCCUUUUGAGGUCAAUGAAGACCCAGAUGGUUGGGGACAAUAUGAUGAUUCUGCAAACUGCUUAGAGAGGCCUGUGAAGCACUAUGAAGUGGUUAUAUAAGUUCUAUUGCUAUUAAUAUAAGUUAGCCAUCUCUCAGUUCUCAAAAGGUCAUACUGUCUUAUGCCAAUGUAUUGAUUUGUUCCCAUUCUACUCCUCAUGUAAUUACAAAAAAAGCUUGACACAAAGUACAAAGAGUGGCAUUUAAGCCACUUUUCCAGAUAGAGAAUGUCAGAAUCAGGGGAUGCUACAAAGAUCUCUUCCCAGGUUUUCUGUUUUAUAUCAUGGGCCACUAGGCUGUCUUCUUAUUAAGGUUGAAAUACAUAAUUGGACUCCGACUAGGCUCAGAUACAUUCCGGUUCUUGUCCUAUUUAGAAAGCUAUACCUCAAAAUCUUAUAUAAGCAGCCACUUUAAAAAAUCCAAGAGUUUGUACAUGACUUUGUAGGCCAGCUUCUGAAUGGUUGCCUGCAGGCACCGCCUCACUGUGAAUCCAUGUUUAAAGCAGGAAAACAGCAUCUGUUUAUCAAAAAAUAAGGGUGAUUCUCUUGGAGCUGGACUGAAAGAGGAAGUUCAUUCUGCUUAUUCACUUAGUUCCUAACACAUCUGCACUCACAACAACUUUUCAGCUUAAGCAGAAAAUGUGCAGGAAUAGGAAACUCAGAUCUUUUCAUUCCUUCCUGAAGAAGUCAGCUAUCCAGGCAUGCACAUUUAAUAUUAUGCAUACUAAUAUUUGCAUGUGCUGCCUCCCAUAGCCCAUAUCCAUUUCCUCUUGAAACCUUCAGAGGUUGUUCUAUCCCUGACAUAUAAGAAGAAUAUUCUAUCCAUUGGCAUAUUGAUGGGAUCCACUUUGUUUUAAUGAUACUAUCCUUUUCUAUUCAAAUAAAUGAUUUAAUUCUUUUGGUA